AUGCAGUUUGUCUUGACUGCCAGCGCGGCCGCGCUGCUGCUCGCGGCCUCGCCCGCUCUUGGUGCCGGCGUUCCACCGAGCGGUAAUGCCACCAACCCUGUCAUCAACCUUGGCUCGGCUGGUUCUUACCUAGGCGUGGUUCAGAACAACGGAACUGUCGCCUCCUGGAAGGGAAUCCCGUACGCCAAGCCCCCCGUCGGCUCGCUCCGCUUCAUGCCCCCCAAGGCCCUCGGGGCUCGCGGCUCAGACGUAAUCGACGUGACAGACAACGCCCUACGGUGCGUCCAAUUCGCCGGCGCGCCGUACGGGGUCAUCAACAGCAACAUCGUCGGUCCGCGCUCCGGCCCCGGCCAAGAAGACUGCCUCAAGCUGUGGAUCUGGAAGCCCGCCAAGGCCAAAGCCGGCGACAAGCUCCCCGUCAUGUUCUACAUCCACGGCGGCGGCCUGCAGUACAGCGCGGCGCCCAACAACGACUUCAGCGACUGGGUCGGCCAGAGCCAGGACUUCGUCGCCGUCAACGUCGGCUACCGCCUGGGGGCUCUCGGCUUCAUGGCCCACCCCGACCUGCCCUCGGCCAACGCCGGUCUGCUCGACCAGCGCCAGGCCCUCCGGUGGGUCAAGCAGAACAUUGCGGCCUUUGGCGGCGACCCCGGCGAUGUGACCGUCAUGGGCCAGUCCGGCGGUGGCUACGCCGUCGUCUCGCAGAUGGUGCUAUACGACGGUGACAACCAGGGUCUGUUCUCCAAGGCUGUGCCCCGUUCCGUGCAGAGGUCUCCCAGCUUCCGCGUCGACGAGCUCGCGGACCGCAACGCCGAGUACUUUAAGCUGCUGAACUGCACGGGCGGACAGUCUCAGUUGGACUGCUUCCAAGGCGCCUCUGUUCCUGCACUGGUGAACGCCUACAACGCCUUGCUCAAAUACAAGGCUUCUUCAGGCGAAUUCAACAACCUCACCUUUGGCAGCUCAGGCGCCUUCCUGCCCAUGAUCGACGGCGUCACCCUAACCGACUCAGUCUCACGGCUCUUCAAAAAGGGCAAAGUCGCAAAGGUCAAGACAGUCGUGGGCUUCGUCAACGACGAGGGCGCCAACACGGCGCCCCGCAACACGAGCGCCCUCGACGCGACCACAAACGGGAUCUGGAACCUGACCGACAGCCAGGUCAAGCAGGCCGCCAGCUACUACCCCAACAACUCCACCUUUGGCUACGCCAGCCCAGACAACUUCUUCCUGACCCUCUUCAAGUCGUACAUCAUGGCCCUCAGCCCGUUCGGGGAGCAAGGCAUCACCGGCUCCGAGCGUCUCGUGGGACGAUACAUGUCCAAAGCCGUCGGCGAGAACAAGGUCUGGGCGUUCCGCUUCAACGCCCCCGGCGUCGGCACAAACUACUCCAACACCAACCCGUACCCGCUCAACUACGUCGCCCACUCCGCCGACAACAGCUACCUCCAGAACGCCACGGCCGUCAUGACGCCCUUUGAAAAGAGCCUCGCGCUCGAGUGGCGCGCCUACAUCGGUAGCUUCAUCCGCCGCGGCGACCCGAACAAGGAGAAGCUCGCCACCUCGCCCACGUGGCACAGCUACGGCGCCCUGGGAGCAGGGGAGUCUGUCGAGUCCCCCGUGAGAUUGGUCCCGCAGUUCGCGUACCAGAGUAACGCGAACGCGAGCUUGCCCACGAGCACGCAGCUCGAGGUGUCGCAAAAGGCUCAGCUCGAGAGGGUGGAUUGGUGGUUGACGGAUGCCAUUUUGGAUGCGACUCGCGUGUGA